AUGCAUUCUCUGAAUCACAUCUUUAGAGCUACAGAUCUUGUGAUGAAGAAUGAUGCAAAAGUGGCUAGGCAUCAAGAGAGUGCGAAGGAGGAGAUACUUCACACUGAUGGUUAUCUCGACCGUGGCUUUACUCGUCCUAAGGUUCUAAUCCUAUUGCCACUAGCGAGCAUUGCAUUGAGAGUUGUUAAGAGGUUGAUCCAACUAACUCCUGCCAAACAUAAGGUUAACGUGGAGCACAAUGAUCGCUUCUACAAUGAAUUUGCAACUGGAGGGGUUGAAGAUAAGGAGGAAUUAGAGUAUAUUGAUAAUUCAACAUCACAGAAGUCUUCAAAACCAUCUGACUUUCAAGCACUUUUUGGUGAAAAUAACAAUGAUCAUUUCAUGAUAGGUAUUAAAUUUACCAGGAGGAGCAUAAAGUUAUACAGUGAUUUCUAUUCCUCGGACAUGAUUGUUGCCUCUCCUCUUGGGUUGAUCACUGACAACGCCAAAAAUAUCCCACAAGAGCCAACCUGUGCUCAGCUGGGCAAGACUAGGACCGAAAUCGGAAAUGAGAAAAUUACCCUUCACAUAAACUUAGAAAAAAAGCCUACUACGCUGAUAGAUCUGGUUUGUUCUAUAACUAAUAAAUGCAAGGAUGCGUCAAUUGGACAAGGGUUUUACACUGGGGGUGGCGAUGAUCUCUUUAUUGGCUUCUCUCAGAAAAUCGGGGAAGCUGAAGUAGAGAAGGAAAAGGAUGUUGACUAUCUUUCUUCUAUAGAGGUUUUAAUUAUUGACCAUGCUGAUGUUAUAGCAAUGCAGAAUUGGUCUCAUGUGAGUACAAUCAUUGAACAAUUGAACCGGAUACCAUCUAAGCAACAUGGAACGGAUAUUAUGCGUAUAAGACAAUGGUAUAUUUUUAGUGUAUUGUUUCUUUGGUACUUGGAUGGACAAGCGCAGUUCUAUCGUCAAACAAUAAUUUUAGGAUCGCAUGUAAACCCAGGUGAUGAGUUAGAAAACAUCAACGCGUUGUUCAAUCAUCAUUGCGUUAACUACCAGGGAAAGGUGCACCAACUUUCUUCAUUACAUUUCACUUACUAUGUGGAUCUACCUAAGUUUUGUGAGGCAUUGUUGAUACUGAAUUUGAAGUUAGACAAUUUUCAGAGUUCCUUAAAAGUGAAGUUGGUAUGUGCGUAUAAAGGUGUUCUUCCCAAAGUAUUACUUCCAGUGCGACAGGUUUAUGAGCGUUUUGAUGCAGAAUCAAUAGUAGAUGCCGACAAUGCUCGUUUUGAAUAUUUUACAAAGAAGGUUUUCCCAAAGAUAAAAGAUUCUAUUCAGGGUGGGAUUAUGCUAUUUAUUAGUUCAUACUUUGAAUUCGUACGAGUUCGAAAUUUUUUGAAGUCGCAGGACGCAUCCUUCUGUCUGCUUGGGGAGUACACAAAACAGAGUGAUAUUUCUCGUGGACGAGUUUGGUUUUUCCAAGGAAGGCGGAAAAUCAUGCUUUAUACUGAGAGAGCUCAUUUCUACCACAGAUACAAGAUUCGUGGUAUUCAGAAUUUAAUCAUCUAUUCUCUCCCAGAAAGGAAAGAAUUUUACCCCGAGAUUGUUAAUAUGCUUGAGGGGUCCCAUAGCAUGAUUUGCACCGUUCUAUUUUCUCGUUUUGACCAGUUCCGGCUGGAGAGGGUAGUUGGAACUGCCCCGGCGAAGAGGAUGGUAUCAUCAGAGAAGGGUGUCUUUGUUUUCUGUUAG